AUGGCCACGACAGCAUGCACAAAGGACAAGCGUCGAUACCCCGUCAAGGAGGAGUUGACCAAUUUGCGGGUCGAGGCAUGGCACCUCGAGACAAAACUGAUGGGCCUCCAGCGCCUCCACCUCGGGUCCGUGUGGAAGCAAGUGGCCCAUCACGAAGCUCACGCAAGACACAACGCGCUACAGGAAAACGCUGCCCUGAAACAGGAGCUCGACGUGGCGUCCCAAUGGAUCCACGAUAUGCAGUCGACGGCGGCGCCGUUGACUGCCACCACGCCGUUUGUGCCCACAAGCCCUUCGCUCUACUGCUGCGAACACAGCAACCAGACCCACGGCGACCAGCACGCAUAA